UGAUCUUUUCGCAUUUUAAAUUUCAUAUCAAUAUAACUUCACUUCACUUUGUCCUCCCUGUUUUUCUUGUUCUGCUUUGUUAACUUAAGUUUACUUUGAUGUGUUAUGCCUACUUUUGUUUAUUUGAUGCACCCUGUUAUGCAAUUGAUGCAACUGUUUGUACAGAAUUGUGUUUCUAUUAAUUAAAAAGGCUUGCGUUGUCAUGACGAGACCACGCCCCCUUGCAUCACGUUUGCAUAUUUUAAAUAUGCCGGGAGAGCAGAAUGUUUUUCCUUUUUCAUUUUCUUUUGAAUUUUGGGCAGAAUAUUCAUCCAUAUUUUUCUGCAACAGUUUGAAAGUACUAACAAUAUUUCUACUUGAAAUCCCGGGUGUGCUGUCCAUUUUUCAGAAAACGUGGGCCUGUAGUUUCGCGGUCACGAUGAGCAUGAGCGGCUACGGUGCAGGGAUGAGAAGGGUUGAUUUCCCAGCAGCCGGUAGGCGGUGCAGAAACCAGAACAACCAGACACCCUGCAGAUGCUGACGAAGGAGGCGGCUGGAUAUGUGCUGUAAUUGGAAGACGGCGCUAUAUUUUGCGUUUUUGUAGGCCAUCCGCUACGGUGCGUCUGAUGCCGUGAGAAGAAGAGGCCUUCUUUGUCUGCUAAAGCUCAGGAAAUACGAGAGAAGACAAUGACAGCAGCGGUUCCCCCUCCGCACAACGUGUAGGAUUUACUGCCUAGUUCCCCAGACUGAGGUUAUGUGUGCUGAGGCUUUUUAAGGACGCUUCUGCAAACGGAUAAGUCAUCUGUUGGUCUGUUGGGUGGAGGAGACAAAGCAGCAGCUGUGAAGAAAAGAAAGGACAAUUCGUUAACACCUGCUCAGGAUCUGGUUAUAUAUUUAUUACCAGGGAUGACAUCAUUUGAUUUACAACUUGUCGCGUCUGUGAGAGUGGGCUGUGUUUACAUGACGUGCAGUAAACUGUAGGUUACAGAGAGGGACUGGAGGCCUUUGUAAACAAAUCCUUUUCAGCACCGAGGAAAGCGUCCCCCGACGCUUAUCAUACUUGGUUCGCCGGUAGAUGAUCUUUUCUCUGACUCUCUUCUUGUGGAGGCUCUACCAAUAUUUCUCCAUGUUCAGCUCAGAUAGACUCACGGUCCCGGAUUAUGUCAGCCGACUGCAGAGAGGCAGGGGGCGCUCCCGCUCCUCGCGCGCGGAUGGCCUCACGGUCCCGGAUUAUGUCAGCCGACUGCAGAGAGGCAGGAGCGGCUCCGGCUCCGGCUCCGAACCCAGAGCAGUCUCCCCGGGUAUCAAUGCCGACGUGCAGGCCGCUUUGGAUGCGUCAUUCCCCGCCCUGCGCCGCGCCACCAGGAGGCUGAGGUCAACCACGGAAACCUGUGGUUCAGAUGAGACCCGCAGGGCCAUCGCGGAGAUCUUCCAGUUGGUGGAGGAGGCCUGGGUUCUGCCCACUGUUGGCCGUCGGGUGGCCGAGGAGAUCUGUAACAGGAUCCGACUGGAUGGAGGCCUGGAGUUGCUGCUGCAGCUCCUACUGAUACCUCCCGUGGACAUCACCUAUGAGUCUGCAAAGCUGCUGGAGCAGAUACUGAUCUCAGAAAACAGAGAUUAUGUUGCUCGAAUGGGUCUUGGGGUCAUCCUCAACCUGACUCGACAGCAGGAGGACGCUCAGCUGGCUCGCAGUGUCUCAGGGAUCCUGGAGCACAUGUUUAAACACACUGAGGAGACGUCCAUGCAGCUCAUCUCCAACGGUGCCCUGGAUGCCCUCCUCUUCUGGUGCCGAGGUACCGAUCCCACUGUGCUGCGCCACUGCGCUGUGGCUCUAGCUAACUGUGCCCUGUACGGAGGCCACCGCUGCCAGCGAUGGAUGAUUGAGAAACAGGCAGCUGAAUGGCUUUUCCCACUGGCUUUUUCAAAAGAGGAUGAGCUCAUUCGCUUCUACGCAUGCCUGGCUGUGACUGUGUUAGCUACAAACCGGGAAAUUGAGAAGGAGGUGGUGAAAUCUGGGACCUUGGAGCUGGUGGAGCCAUUCAUUGCAUCUCUGGAUCCAGAUGACUUUGCCCGCAGUUUACUGGACAGUGCGGACUGCAUGCAGGGGAGGACCGCAUCUGAUUUGCAGCACUUCCUGCCAUUGCUGGAUGGCACACGACUGGAAGGAAAGUGCAUUGCAGCCUUUUACCUUUGCGUUGAGACCAGUAUCAAGUCCCGUCAGCACAACACUAAGAUAUUUCAAGAGAUUGGAGCAGUGCAGAGUCUAAAAAGAAUCGUCAUGUACACCAGUAAUGGCACAACUUGUGCUCUCGCCAAGCGGGCUCUGAGCAUGAUGGGAGAGGAAGUGCCUAAACAUAUCUUGUCAUGUGUGCCCAACUGGAAAACCUGUGAAGUGCUGACCUGGCUGCAGCAAGUUGGCUUCAGUGCCUAUUGUGACCGCUUCCAGCUGUCCGCUAGCCGCAGGCCCUUAAAACCCUGUCACACAGAUGCCCAGCCCGCAGGGCCCGAUGUGUUCAUCAGCUAUCGGCGGACUACCGGUUCCCAGCUGGCCAGCCUUCUGAAGGUGCACCUGCAGGUCCGAGGAUACAGCGUAUUCAUAGAUGUGGAGAAGCUAGAGGCCGGCAAAUUUGAGGACAAACUGAUUCAGAGCGUACAGCGGGCACGUCACUUCAUACUGGUCCUGUCUUCCAAUGCGCUCGACAAAUGCAUGGGUGACACUGCCAUGAAGGACUGGGUGCAUAAGGAGAUAGUCACGGCCUUGGCUGGUAAAAAGAACAUAAUUCCUGUCGCUGAUAAUUUUAUGUGGCCGGACCCCAAGGUUCUGCCCGAGGACAUGAGGUCUAUUCUCAACUUCAACGGCAUCAAAUGGUCCCAUGAAUAUCAGGAGGCCACAAUUGAUAAGAUACUGCGCUUUCUGAAAGAAUACCAAGACCGAAUCGACGGCACGAAGGCCCUUCAAAGGACAGAAGAAGUAAAGUGUGAAUGAUUAUGAAUGAAAUAUGUGAAGUAAAUGAAUGAAGUAAACAAAGUUUGACCUCA